UGUUGCUUUUCGGCAGAAAGACAGAUCUGCCUUCAUUCAGCCAAAUUUUCUGGUAAAAAUGGAGAGGAAAACCGCGCUGGAACUGCUGGACCCUUCUCACACUGACGAUGUCAGUGUUCUUUACAAGAAUUGGGGCAUUAUUUCCGGAUCCAUCGUCGGAUCUAUUGGAGCGUUGUGGUACAACUGGGCUAACAGACGACCAACCCUAAGCGGACUACCAAGAUCUUUGAUCAUUGUGGCUAGCUUGGCUGGGGCAGGAAAACUUCUGCAAGAUUAUAGAGACAAGAGAUUGGCCCAACGAGAUGCAGUGUUGAGACAUUACAUUUCGUUGCACCCUGAAGAUUUUGAACUGCCUCCCCGAGUGAAAUACAGCGAGGUGUUCGGAAGUUGGAUUCCAGUUCGCUAAUAUCUUACUUCACGAAUCAACUUGUAAAUUCUUCAAUGGUAGUUAUUAAAUAAAGUUAAAUGGCUGUUAAGAAAA